AUGGAGGAUCAGAGAGGGAUUUCCUCUGGGGUUUCGUCGGAACCGGCAUCGAAUUCUGGGUUUUCGGGAGAGAAGCGUAACGGAAAUGGAUUAGAAGAAAAAGAUGAUUUAGGUUCUAAACGUGCGAAACUGCGAGAUCUGGAUUCUGAUACUAAAACCAGUAACAUGCAAUCUGAUAGAGACAUUGGAACUGUUCAGAAACCAAAUCUUAGUAGUGAACAGAUUUCUGGAGCAUCUGAGAUGCUUGCGGCUCCUGAUGCUGAAGAUUUAGGAAGGGUAGUGAGAGAAAAAGAAGUUUUGGCUAAAGAUAUAAAACCUCCCACAGUUCUUAAGACGAGCACAUGCUUGCUUAAAGCUAAGUCAAUUUCUACAGAUGAUGAUAGAUGCAUUGCUAAUUCUGGAAAACAAGCUUUGCUUGAGAAUAAUCACACUGCGAAACAUGAUAGUAACUGUGAGUCACGAGGAGGACUCGUUGAUGGCGUUUCAAAGAAUAGCAGCCUCUUGAAACCGAGAGAGAUUUCUGAAUCUGUUGGAAGUCCACGUGGAGCAGCAGAGUCUGAUUUACUUCGACGAGAUCCUAAUAGCGAAAAAGCUGGUCCUUUUCAGAUGUGUGGUGCAGCGGGUUCAUCGGAAAAGUCAGAUUCAAUGCGGCGAUGGAUGGAAAUGAAGCGAAAUGGUUUUCUCUCAGGCCCUUUAGGUGGAGUAUCUGCUCCAAGCCCUGCGGUAACAACUACUCCUGUUGAAGUACCUGCGCAGAAGCCACAAAAGAGUAAGCGGAGAGGCGACUCUUUAAAGAAGAGAAACGAUGUCCCUAGGAAGGAACAGCAGCAAAUAGAUAGGUUCUCGAAUGUUACCGCGCCAAGUGGAUUGUUGACGGAAUUAAACCCUGGAAUUAUUAACCAUGUCAGGAGUAAGAAACAGGUCUGCUCAAUUAUUGAAGCUUUGAUUCGAAAUGCUACUGAUGAUGCCACCGUGGGGGAAAGAAAUGCCAAUUUGAAUGUAAGAGAUUCAGUCAGAGAAGACAGGGCAUUAGCCUUUAAGUUACCAUCUACCGGGUUAUCUGAUAAUGCCAAUUCCAUUACAAAUCCGGAACAAGCCACGUCUCUUGCUGUUAAAGCUGCUACCGUCGCUUCCCAAUGGUUGGAAUUUCUUCACCAAGACCUCCUCGGACGGCUUUCAGCUGUACUGGAUAGUAGGAAGAGAGUUCAAAGUAUUUUGACUACCGAACUACCGCUUCUCGUCUCUUCAUCUUCUUCUAACCAAGAAAGUACUCUUCAGAUGACGAAUACAAAUAUAUCUGGUGGUGCUUCUUCUGAUAAAAUAGUAACAGAUGCGCAUAAGAUAAAGUGGUGUGCAAAAUUUGAUCAGAUUGACAAAGCUCUUUAUGAUGAAGAGAGAGAUUUGGAACGUUCGUUAAACCAAGUGAAGGAAAUGCAAUCACGAUGCAACGAAGGUCUACGACAAAUGGACGAGUUCUCGCCUUUCAGUUCCCAAUCAUCAGAUUCAAGUUUUGGGAAAGAUGGCAGCAAUCUGGAGACUAGCAUGGCGGUUCAGGCGGCUGCAGCUUCCAUAUUUUCGACCUGCAGUUUUCUUUUUUCAAUGAUGAAGCCACCACCGCCUACGGGUUCUUAAUCCUUUUUGUUUUUGGUUAACCGUGGCUCCACUAAUCCCAGUGCCUAUUGUCUUUUGUGUUAGCACUUUUGAUUGUUAUUAACUUAUUAUCUACAGUGUAAAUAAUAGGCGAUUGAUGGUUUUGUCAUUCGUAUAUGUAACAUUAGAAGAGAUCCUUUGUUAUACUCAUGUCUGUUCUAGGAGAGCAAAGUUUUC